AUGAGAAACCUUCCGUCAAACCUGCAAGGCGAAUCUCAUAGUCCAGUCUCAAGAUCAGUGGAUUUAUCAAGUAGUGUAACUGAUCGUCCUACUUUCUCAUCCGAUCAAACCGAAUUACGAGACUGGGACUUGCAGUGGCCAUUUUACGGUGAAGGUUUGCCGGAUGUCAAUCUUGGGUGGACUCUGGACUUCUUAUCCAACGACGCAUCUACCCAUAGUCCGUUGGACUUUAUGCACAGUCACGAAGAAAUGAGUGCUACAAUACCACUCGAUCAUUCGAGUUUCAACCACCGCGAAAACGAGGAUCAACAUCCUGUAGGGUCGAAUGAUUUACAAGACGUUGGACAUCAAGGAUGGUCGUCUCGAACGCACCCAAUCGAAACCUCAGGACCAGCUGCGUACGUUGAUAUUGAUGAAAUCAAUAACGCGGUUGUUACAAACCUAGAACGAUCGAAUGUGAGUGUUCCGCUCUCAAAGGAAAUUCAUAAGACGAUGGUGGAUACCGUUACUGCGCCUCUUCUUGAGGGCUUUUGCAAUGAAAAGGGAAAAUAUGCGCAAUCAUUCCCUUCAUUAUCCACUAUUUCCUACUUCCAUCAGCUCUUUUUCGCCCAUGUUCAACCUCGAUUCCCCGUGUUGCACAUCCCUACAUUCAACCCAAAUGAUGCUUCACCGAACCUCUUGCUAGCCAUGGCGAUUGUGGGAUCAUGCUACUCGGAAUCUAAUCAAGGCAAGUUUGCUUUGACUUACCUUGAAAGAACGAGAAUGUCGAUUAAAUUGAUGCAGGAAAGAGAUAAUAGCUACCUGUGUUCACUCGAAAACCUUCUGGCUUUCCUGUUUGUCUCGCUUUCCGCCAUGUGGGUGGGUCAAAAAGUAGCAUACGAACGUGCCGAGUGUGAUCGUGGUGAGUUGGCAGUUUACUGCCGACGGCUUCAGCUAUUAGAUUGUCGAGUGAAACAAAACACCUCUCCUCAGAUGCCGUCGAGACAGAAUCGGAGCCGAUUCGGCGACGCAUGGUCAAAGUGGAUCAAUAUUGAACAAAAGAAAAGGCUCGGGCUUUGCAUAUAUCUGUUGGACUGCCAAGUGGCAGCCCUUUUCCAACGCCAACCAUACAUCAGCAAGGCCGAGACUGUCAAUGCUGCAUUACCUUGUUCGGGAAUCUUCUGGAACGCACCAACUGCCUGGGCCUGGAAGGCUCUUCUUGGGCCGGCGGAGAUUCCCCCAAGCACGUAUUUCCUCACUACAUUGACGACAAUCCUCUUACACAACGAAAUACCCGGGGUCUUACCAUUUCCAGCAUUGGAUGAUUUUUGCAAGACUCUUUAUGCCUACGUCCUGCAUACACAUAUCUUCGAGUGGCGGCAGACCAUUUGCAUGCUUAAUCCAACCGGGCUAGUUACCUCCCCUGUUUCCUUGGCACCAGAGAAUAUCGGAGCUACACUACAAGAGCGUCGGAAUUGGCUAGAGCGCUGCCUACUAAAUUGGGCCUCCUUCUACGGAGAUGGCUCGCAAGCCGAUUCUACGGAUCGAAGUUCAAAAACCUUCUCGGGAAUUCUCCUCUAUCAUCUGGCCAAUUUGGCAAUUCAUCUCAAUUUCUCGGACCUCCACAUCGUUGCAGGCAGAUCGGGCUCCGAUGCGGAUAUUGGACUAGCUAUGCAGUCACUGCGCAAUUGGCUCCAAAAAGAGAGAGCUCAGAAUAUAUUUGCCUGUAAUAGUCAAAUGUUGAAUGCAGCCCAUGAAGCAAUUACUGCUGGCGACGCCCAGAGGAGUGGGUUCGAGUUAGCGGUCUCUUUAUUCAUGGGCGGCCUCAUCAGUUGGGCUAUAUCUCGGUUCGGAAGUUGCGAUAUAAUGACCUUGCAUCUGAAUGACCCAAGGACUUCAGAUCUUCCUCAAGCUGAACUUGACGGUGAUGAUGAUGGUAAUCAAUUGAGUGCUGGGGAUUCAUCGCAAGUUGUGAAUUUGCUUUUGGAUCAAGUUGCAGGUGCCCGAGAUGGUUUGCGUACCGUUACCUGCGUUCGGCUCGCAGCGUCUUUUGGAGAGAUUCUCGACCGGCUUCUCACCGAGCCAGUUAAUUAG